AUGAACGAAAGACAAAAGGCUGAAUUAGAAGGAAAUAAAGGAAAAAGUUUAUUUUGCAAGAUUUCACUUAAUGGAUCAUAUGGUUACGAUGCAAUGAAUACACAAAAUUACGCAAAGACUAAAAUAAUGAAUGCACAGAAGGCACGCGUUGCAUGUAUGUCAAAUAAGUUUAAAAACAUAAGAGAAAUAGGUGAGGAUACAUAUCAAGUGAUGCUUAAAGAUAGAUUUUAUAGAUGUGAUACAUGUUUACAAGAGGCAUUCUUCACUUUAGAUAACGCAAAAUACUGGUAUUUGGUUUUCAUUUAUGAUUUUAUGUAUAAAUGCAUGAAUGUUAAUCGUUUUCAUUUCAUUGAAGGUGAUACUGAUUCAUCUUAUUGGGCAAUCGCUGGCGACCCAAAUCUUCCUAACACUCAAGCAUUUCAAGCAAUUGUUACCGAUAAACAAUUUUAUGAUAAAAACAUUUUCAAAUUCGCACCUUUUGAUUUCUUCUGUUUUGAUGAGAAAUUUAAACCUAAAUUAAAGAAUAAAGCUGAAGAAAAAGCACAUGAGAAGAAGUUAUUGGGUUUAGCAAUUGAGAAACAAGGUGAUAACAUGGUUGCUUUAUGCCCUAA